UGGAGUGUUGCAAUGCGACAAUCAGCUGUUCAAUAAGUGAGGAAGUCUCAGAGUUGUGAUCGUUCGUCUAUCUACUUUUGGAACCGGCUUCAUUUAUAAAGGGUUUCAAUUCGGUAGGAGCUAUUCGUAGAGAUCGUAUUCUGUGGAGCAUCGCUUGUUCGUGUGUGAGUGUGUUUGUGUGUGAGAGAGAGACAGACAGACAGACCGAUAGGCAGACAGAGUAAGUCUGAUACUUUCAGAUUUGGUUGUUGGGAGAAAAGGUGCUUCAUACUUAGAAGAGGGUGGAUAAGUGCCGUUUUGUAUUGAGGUGUCCGAUUUCUAGGCUGCACUUCGAUCGAUACAACCGGAAGCAGUUUGACCACGCUGAGGUAUACUUCAGCUAUGGUGCUUUGGGUUUCCAUUUUCCAUACUAAGCAGGUCGAAUCAACCCACCGUGAAAGUGUUGCCCUUGGGUGUUCGUAACCCAAGAUGGCCCAGGAAAGAAGCAGCGCGAGGAUUUUUAUAGUUGCGGUAGGGUUACUUGCGGCCGUGCAUGCAGUAGCGGCUAAGGAUAUCAAUGUAGGGGGAACCCGGGGUUGGGACUACGCACCGCCUUCAGAUGCGGCUUACUACGACACUUGGGCAUCGAAGGAGACGUUCACGGCAGGGGACAACCUAGUAUUCUCAUACACUCCUGGUGCACAUGAUGUGCAAGUCGUAAGUGCGACAGAGUACAAUGCCUGUUCAAUGAGCACCGGCAAGAAGUAUCUAUCCGGAGGGGACAGUGUCUCACUCCCCACGCCUGGUACUUAUUAUUUCGUCUGCAGCUUCCCUUCUCACUGUGACAUGGGCAUGAAGAUGAAAAUUACGGUGAAAGCUGCUGGUGGUGUGCCUCCAGUUGUCGCUCCUGUUACUCCUCCCGUGACACCCCCAGUGAGGGCUCCUACUCGUGCACCCCUUGUGGCUCCUGUGCCGGCUCCCGUCGUUAAAGCCCCAGCUCCAGCUCCGGUUAUCAAGGCACCCACGCCAGGGCCAGCUUUGGCUCCUGUUCCUUCACCCACUGACGCGCCAACACCCUCUGAGAAUCCUUCUACAGCACCAACUCCUGGCUCCUCCAUUGCCCCCGGACCGGAGUUGCCACCCCCUCCGCCAUCUGCUGCCGUUUCAAUCCACCAGUGCUUGAGCUUCGUCGGAGCUGUAGCUGUGGUUGCGUUUUGCGUUCUUCGGUUCUAAGCUGAUCCAACCAUAGUUGUUCCAGUCCUCAGAAUGGGCGGCAGGUUAGAGGUGAGAUCGACCAACGAAGUACUUCAGUAGCCUGACAAUAGAAGGCGAAGGACACCAGCAGUAGCGAGCGAUGAUGCGAAAUGCAUCCUGCUUUCCAAGCUAGAUUUUCAGUACUAUUCCUGAUGAUUUCUUCGGACGCUAUGUUCCGAUGAACUGGCUAGAUUAUGUACAAACCAGCAUAAAUUCUUCUCGUGUUUUUUUUUUG